AUGAAGUUCCUCAAGGUCGGCCGAGUGGCCAUCAUCUCGCGCGGCCGCUACGCAGGCAAGAAGGUCGUCAUCAUCCAGCCCCAGGACAACGGCAGCAAGAAGCACCCCUUCCCCCACGCCCUCGUCGCCGGCAUCGAGCGUUACCCGUCACAAAUCACCCGCCGCAUGAGCAAGACCCGACAGAACAAGCGCAGCAAGGUCAAGCCCUUCAUCAAGGUCAUCAACUACAACCACCUCAUGCCCACCCGCUACACGCUCGAGUUGGAGGGUCUGAAGGGCGUUGUCACCAACGAGACCUUCACUGAGGUCAGCCAGCGCGAGGAGGCCAAGAAGACGGUCAAGAAGGCCCUGGAGGAGCGAUAUGUCAGUGGAAAGAACCGCUGGUUCUUCACCCCAUUACGAUUCUGA